UAUCGCUUUAAUUCUACAAUAAUACAGUUCAAAGGACCGCAAACCUGGAGGAAGAUCGACCGCAUACCACCAUGCCUCUCCGCAUCUCUAACACCACCUUCUUGGUGUCUCGGUUCCGCCCCUUUAAGCGCUCCUUCACCACGUCCCCGCUCCAUGCCGAUGAGAAGCGUAUGGGCUCCAACCUACAGGCCAACCAACCUGAUUCGAUCAGCGCCAAUGUGAGGAGUGAUACGCCGAAUACGGAUCAGCAGUCAAGUGCUUCAUCGGAAGAGCGCAAGAGCGGAGACGACCAUCCGGCGAAACAGCCGGAUUAUCAGGCAGAGCCUACUAGGAAGACCGGAAUUGGCGGUGAUGAGAAGGUGAAGGGGGGUAAAGCGGGGUUGGAGAAGACAGGUGAUAAGCAGUAGGGUUGGAGAGGAGAAUUCCGAUGGGCGAACGCUAAAUGGGUAGGUAGUGUUGCGAUCACCAUUUAACCUUUCACGCGCAAAUCACUACAGU